AUGCUUGUAUAUAGAAGGAAUUGCACAGAACAGAAGGAAUUCCACCUCCUGGUCUUUUCCGAGUCAGAUAAAGUGCAAUUUGUGCUCUUCACUGGGAUUUUGUUGAUGUUCCUCUUGGCUGUGUUUGGGAACUUACUUAUUAUGAUCCUCAUAUGUCUUGUCCCUCAGCUUCACACUGCCAUGUACUUUUUCCUAUGUAACCUCUCUAUUCAGGAUAUCAUCUAUGUGUCUGCCAUACUUCCAAAAUUCUUGGUCGUAACCAUGACAGGAGAUACAGCUAUUUCCUUCCCAGGUUGUAUGACUCAGAUGUUCUUGUUUACAUUCUGUGUCGGAACAGAAUUUUUUCUAUUGACCUCGAUGGCCUAUGACCGCUAUGUGGCCAUAUGUGUUCCUCUGCGCUACUCCAUCAUUAUGAACAACAAUGUUUGCAUAUUAUUGGCCAUUGUAUCAUGGAUGAUGAGUAUUUUUAAUUCUUUAACAUACUGUUUAUUGAUUUCAAAACUAAAAUUUUGUUCUCGUGGCGUGAAUCAUUUCUACUGUGACCUAAAGACUAUCUUGAAACUUUCUACCAGUGACACCAUGAACAUUCACAUUGCUGUGCUGGUAGUUUGUGUAGUUUUAGGGUUCUUUCCAUUUAUGAUGAUAAUAAUGUCCUAUAUUUGCAUUAUAUCUACCAUCUUAAACAUCCAGACUUCAGCAGGACGAACCAAGGCCUUCUCCAGCUGCUCCUCACAUCUGACUGUUGUGUUUCUCUUUUAUGGAACAUCUCUUACUUUCUAUUUGAAACCACAGUCGGUACAUGCUCAAGAGCAAGAUAAACUACUUUCCCUGUUAUACACCGCUGUGGUUCCAAUGUUAAACCCUUUAGUUUAUAGUCUAAGAAACAAAGAGGUUUUGAGAGCUCUGAGGAUCUUAACCGAAAAAUACUCAACAGGUAAGAUACAGGAUGAGUUUAUGUAA